AUGUCAUCAUCCGACCUCAAUGUUCUGUCGGACCGCUCUAUAUGCCGGUGGACUAGGCCGCAGGAGGGCCAAGACGUGCCGGAUCUCAGGGCAAGCCUUCAGAAAACAAUCGAAGCGCGAGACAAUCAAUAUGUCAACAUUCGUGCUGUCCUCUUUUACUUUGAAGACGAUAACACAAACGCAGCCCAGGACGCACGGACUUUCUCUCAUCUGUUGGAUGAUGUCUUUGAAAUCCAGUGGCAGGAAGUUUGUCUUCAAUCAUCCGACAGGUUUCCGGAGAACACUUUCAAGGAGCAUGUCAAGGGCGCCCUGCUUCCGCCAGAUGCUCUGUGCCCCCAGUUGCUCAUCGUUUACUAUGCUGGGCAUGGAUGGGUGACCGAGGGGGGCGAUUUUCGUCUUGGGACCGAAAAGCGGUUCAUCCAAUGGACCUUUAUCAAAAACGAGUUGAUCGAUACUUCCAUGUCGCACGAUAUGACCGGCAUUGACGUUCUCUAUGUGCUAGACUGUUGCUAUGGAGGUACGGCCAAACCAACACGGGGUCUGCGAGCUAUUCAAGCUCUUGCAGCGUCAGAGUUCGAGGCCAACGUCCGUUCCAGAAAUCAAAUUUCCUUUACCCGGAACCUUCGAACCGCAAUCUAUGCUAUCAAAGUAGGACAGCAAGGCCUUUCGAUUACGUCUAUUUUCGAAAAGCUUCAACGACCCCCCAACACGCCAAGUGUCACUCCAACCAUGACCACAUUCAGCGGAUUGUACCCCAUCGUGCUUCCAUUGAAAAAGGGCGGGCGUCAUGCGACCUCGUCAUCGUCUUCGUCUUCGUCUCCACAAUCCUCUCAGACCCUCAGAGGCCAUUCUUGGCUUUCAACACAGUCACCUUCAGAUAUUCACGUUCUCGUCGACCUUGUCAUCAAUGGAGAGGCCGAGGAAGACAUUUAUUCGUUUCACCAGACCGUUCAAGCUUUUCCGCCUCAUAUGCAUGCCACCAUUGUCAACGCUUGGAGAACAUCACAGCAAUCAUUCGUGGUCUUGCUGGAAAUGUCCUGGGAGACAUGGGCGCUGUGGUCAAUGACGGUCGAUCUACGUGUUUGCCGGAUCCUGGCCGGCCAAUCCGUGUUUUCAGCGCAGGCGCCUCUGUCCGACUUCGAAGAUUUGUCGGUCAAUGCUAGCCCGUUGGUGCUUCGUGAGAAACAGUAG